AAUAGCACAUCCCUCCUUCUCCCUCCCGUCCCUCCCAUCCUCCCUCCCUCCCUCCCUCUUAAUCCCCUCAAUAAACUACCAUUUCUCUCCUCCUUUUCUUUCUUCUAAUACUCUUUUUUUUUUUUUUUGAAUCAUCAUACUGACCCUAAACGACAACAAUGACAAUUUCCUAAUUACCAAUUAUCAAUAACAAUAUAAUAAAAAAGGUUCACAACUCUUUCCUUCUUCUAGGGUUGCCGAAACCCUAGAAAACUCCCCCUCCCUCCGUCCCUCUGUAUUUCCCAUUCAAAACAGAAGAAAAGAAAUAAAGUUGGAGCUGUUUCUGUAUCUGUUUCCGUAUCAGUAUCAGUAUCAAUAGCAGUUUCUAUGUGAGGGUCAGUUGUUUCCUUUUUUACCACUUGUUUCUGAUUUCCUUAUAUUCUACUGCCACUACUUCAUUUCUUUUUUUAUUAAGUGGAGCAGACUGAUAUAUGUACAUGUCAGUUUAAUUUUUAUUACAUUAAAAAAAUAAUUGAAUUGAAUUGGAGAUGGAAAACGAGGUGCUUGAAUUCGAUAUAGGUUUAGGAAGUGGUGCUGAUGAUGAUGCUGUUGACAUUGAUAUUGAUGACGACUUGCCUUCCACUCCUCCCCUUCCUCUUCCUCUUCCCAGCUCCACCUCCACUCCUCCUACUCAAAUUUACCUUCCUGAGGGUGAUCUUUUGGAUCUUGAGCCUUAUGAGAGCAUGGAAUUCGAGUCUGAAGAGGCUGCCAAGGCCUUUUACAAUUCUUAUGCUAGGCGUGUUGGCUUUAGUACCCGUGUCAGCUCGUCCCGCCGUUCUAGGCGUGAUGGAGCUAUUAUUCAGAGACAAUUUGUGUGUGCCAAAGAGGGUUUUAGGAAUUUGAAUGAGAAGCGUACUAAGGAUAGAGAGAUCAAGCGUCCCCGUGUUAUUACUCGAGUUGGUUGCAAAGCUUCUUUGUCUGUCAAAAUGCAGGAUUCUGGCAAAUGGGUUGUCUCCGGUUUUGUUAGGGGACAUAAUCAUGAGUUGGUCCCUCUUGAUCAGGUGCAUUGCCUCCGUUCACACAGGCAAAUAUCUGGCCCUGCUAAGACUUUGAUCGAUACAUUGCAGGCUGCGGGAAUGGGCCCUCGUAGGAUUAUGUCUGCCUUGAUUAAGGAGUAUGGUGGAAUUAGCAAAGUUGGAUUUACAGAGGUUGAUUGCAGGAACUACAUGAGGAACAAUCGUAUGAAGAGCAUGGAAGGAGACAUCCAGCUCCUUUUGGAUUAUUUGAGGCAAAUGCACAAUGAGAACCCCAAUUUCUUUUAUGCUCUCCAGGGGGGUGAUGACCAGUUCACGGGCAAUGUGUUCUGGUCUGAUCCAAGAGCUAGGGAAAACUACAGUUAUUUUGGAGACACUGUUACGUUUGACACCACCUACAGGUCCAACAGGUAUCGCUUGCCCUUUGCACCCUUAACUGGUGUUAACCAUCAUGGACAGCCUGUUUUGUUUGGUUGUGCUUUCUUAUUGAAUGAGACCGAAGCAUCAUUUAUUUGGCUAUUUCAGACGUGGCUCACGGCAAUGUCAGGCCAUCAUCCAGUGUCGAUCACCACCGAUCAUGAUGCAGUAAUAAGUUCAGCCAUCAUGCAGGUCUUCCCCGAGACUCGACAUCGCUUUUGCAAAUGGCAUAUCUUCAAGAAAUGCCAGGAGAAGUUGUCCCAUGUGUUACUCAAACAUCCAAGUUUUGAGGCAGAUUUUCAUAAAUGUGUUAACCUCACCGAGUCGAUUGAGGAAUUUGAAUCCUGCUGGUUGUCGCUUGUUGAUAGAUAUGAACUCCGGCAUCAUGAGUGGCUUCAAACGAUAUAUUCUGAUCGCAGGCAGUGGGUCCCUGUGUAUCUGCGGGAUGCUUUUUUUGCAGAGAUGUCUAUAACUCAGCGAAGUGAUAGCAUGAACUCAUACUUUGAUGGUUACGUGAAUGCUUCAACCAAUCUGAGCCAUUUCUUUAAGCUGUAUGAGAAAGCUAUAGAGAGUCGAAAUGAAAAAGAAGUAAAAGCAGAUUAUGAUACGAUGAACACAAACCCAGUUUUGAAGACCCCAUCUCCAAUGGAGAAACAAGCAUCCGGGCAGUACACUAGAAAAUUGUUUGCAAGAUUUCAAGAGGAGCUAGUUGGGACGCUAACUUUCAUGGCAUCCAAAGCAGAAGAUGAUGGGGAGAGCAUUAUGUACCAAGUUGCGAAGUUUGGGGAAGAUCAUAAAGCUUACUAUGUUAAAUUCAAUGUUUUGGAGAUGAAGGCGCGAUGUAGCUGCCAGAUGUUUGAGUUCUCUGGCCUUCUAUGCAGACAUGUGCUGGCAGUCUUUAGAGUCACCAAUGUGCUUACCCUCCCAUCACAUUACAUUUUGAAACGAUGGACAAGAAAUGCCAAGAGCAAUGUCAUAUUGGAAGAACACCCCUCUGAUGUAUAUAAUGGCUAUCUCGAAUCUCAUACUGUUCGAUAUAACACCCUACGCCAUGAGGCUUUCAAAUUUGUAGACGAAGGAUCCAAGUCCCUAGACACUUACAAUGUGGCAAUGGUUGCUCUGCAAGAGGCCACAACAAGAGUUGCACUGGCAACAAAGAAUGAGGGGAGAACUAGUGUUGUGAAUAGCCGGAAUAGAGGGGACAUGGCAAGCAAUGGGAUUAGGGCUAAUUAUACCAGUGGUAAUCAUCUGGGGAGCUCUGGCCAAAUUUUGUCGGAGAAGGAUACGGAUAAGAAAAUCCAAGAACUUAGAGAUGAACUGGAGCAUGCAAAUCGAAAGUGUGAGGUAUACCGAGCUAACCUCCUUUCAGUUUUAAAAGAUAUUGAUGAUCAUAAGCUACAGUUGUCAAUUAAAGUACAAAGCAUAAAGAUUAGUAUGAAAGACAGCAUCUGAAGGUGCAAUAGAACUUUACCAUGUAGUUUCGUUUGUAAUCUCUUCCUUUUUUUUCUUUCUCCUCCCAAUCAAUUGAAAGUCCAAGUACUUCAUUGGUGCUCUGUGGAUGAGGUUGAUUUUGACCUUGUCAGUGCUUUAGAGAUUGUGAAAGCUUUCAAUUUAUCUUCUCUUGUACAGUGCACUUAUUGUCUUUAGAUCUAUACGAGGAAGCAAUGAUUUCUUCAA